AUGGCAGCUGGGGAAGGUGGAGGCCGGGGCGGGCCGAGUGUAGAGUUUACACCUACAUGGGUGGCUGCCCUAGUUUGUACUGUUAUCGUCUUGCUUUCUUUGGUUGUUCAAAGGAUUAUUCAUGUCCAUAGUAAAAGGUUAAAGAAGAAGAAUAAGAGGUUUCUGUAUAAGGCCUUAAAAAAAGUGAAGGAAGUGCUGGCUAGACUGCAAGAUGAAAUAGUGAACAUUUGCAUACCUAUUAAAUGGGCUGUUACAGGUCUUCCCUGUAAGGUCAAGAACAGUGCGGAUUCAGAUACAAUCACUACUAUUGCACACUUCGGUAUAAGUACGAGACACCAUCUUUUGGCUGAGACGACCCAUGAAUCUCAUUGCCAGAAGUUUCUUGAAUGUCGACUGAUGAUCAUAUUUGGUAAGUUAAAGGAUCGAAUUGACUUGAGUGAUGCUAGGAUUGUCUUCGUGUUCCCUUGGGGGAAGGUGCCACUCAUAUCAUAUCAUGCACUUCAUGAUCUACAUAUACUGAUUUUUGUAUUAGCAGUGGUACAUGUAGUGGUAUGUGCUUUGACAGUCCUUUUUGGAGCAGCAAAGAUUAGUCAAUGGAGACAAUGGGAAAACUCCAUUUUAAAGAAAAUCUCUAAUGUUGAUCAAGAAGGCAACAUUAUCAAUGUCAAAAAUGAUGAUUUUAUCAAGAAUAGGUUUAUGGGAAUUCAUGCUAAUAAGAGGAUUUGGUUGCAUUCAUUCGCCAAGCAUCUCUACAGCUCAGUGUCGGAAUCAGAUUAUGCUGCAAUGCGAAUGGGUUUUGUUCAGGUCCAUUGCAGGGACAAUCCGACCUUCAACUUUUAUGAGUACAUGAUGCAUGCUUUUGAAGCUGAUUUUGCUAAAGUAGUUUCAAUUAGUGGGUAUGCUUGGGUGAUAGUAAUCAUUUCUAUGCUGCUCAACAUAGCAGGUAAGAUUGAUUAUAUAAUAUACACCAUUCAAAAGGAUUACCCACCAAGCAUUAUAUGCAAGUUCACAACCUACUAUUUCAGUGAUGUGAGCUUCCUCACAUGUAGGGAUGACAAUUCAAUCCGAAUCCGACCUUAG